CCAAUCUCGAGUCAAUUGCGUCUUCCAUUACACUAUUUGGGGCCGGCGCACUGGGCAGUCGGCAGCACAGGCUGUCGGGCAGUCGGCGGCCAGCAUGGUCACGCGUUCGAGGUUGCAGAAUUGCGCUCGCUCGUUCUCUCUGUCACAUGCGAAACACACCGAAUGAACCCCUACUUUCGACCGCCGCACAACACAACACGACAAUUCCAGGUUCCUAGCGAAACGGCUACGCAGCUUCCAGGGCAGCGCCAGGGUGGUCAUCUGACAACCCCAGACUGACCCCGUGGGAAAGCCUAAUGCAAUGCACUCUGGCUGGCAGGCAUGUGAAAAUGGCCUGGCCUUGUCUGUCGUCCAAGGCUGGUCUUCAGCCUUCCGCGCCCACCGAAUGCCUGUGCUUUCCGUUCCACGUGUGAUCACAUGGAUGACCAGACACAGAGCCUGAGAGGACAGAGUUCCAGGUUCAUGUCAAGCAUACGAGGAUGGUCGAGUCGGGGAACAACCCUGGUAGACGUCCUCAGAGUCUCGCACCUGGGCCUUGUGCCGUGUCUACCACCAACAUCAAAGAAAAGGGGAAUGAACCAGCCCCUUUGACCUACAUACCUAGGGUUAGGGCUCAUAUCUCCUCUUAUCAGUCCCUCGAGGGACCAACCACUACGUCAUCAACCCAUCGCAGGUUCGGCAGUACGUUACGCACCAGCUCAUGCAUCUGGAGUCCUUCCUGGCGCACACUGGUAGAGCGUCGAACAGAAUAAGAAGACACAGAUAACCAGAAGAAGCUUCACUCAAACCAUGAGGCCCACCCAAGUCGCCCUUCUGCUGUCAUCCGCCGCCGUCGCCCAGUCACUGAUGCCCAUCUCCGUUUCGCUCCACAAUCGGGGCCGUGGCGGCAGAGCGAUCCCGCCAGCCAUCAGCGCCGAAGAGGUCCAACGACCCAUCAUGGACGGCCCAGGCCCAGCAUUUCCCCCUGGCGCCUCACAACCCGAGCCAAGUGGCCCUCAGGACCCUCCCGCUGGGGGACCGGGCACUGUGAUCUUGUCAGACGUGAUGGGAAAAGAUCGAAGUAUAAAUGUAUUCGCGAGCCUCAUUCGCGACGUCGACUCCCUGUCGCGCCGACUCGACGACUCGUCACAGAACUCGACCGUCCUCGCACCGCUGAACUCGGCCAUGGAUAAGCUGCCGCGUAAACCCUGGGAAGACCCAGAAGACUACGACAAGCUGGGUGCUGAUGCGUACGAGGGUGAUGAUGGGAGGGGCCGGGCGCUGAAUAACAUCAAGAGAUUCGUUGAGGCGCACAUCGUGCCCGAAAGCCCAUGGAAAGAGGGCGUCAGGGCCAAAACCCUGGGCAGCGACAGCACCGAGAUAUGGUGGGAAGAAAAGGAUGGCAAUAAGAUGAUUCAACCGGGGAAUAUCGAGGUUUCCUCUGUGGCAAGCUCCGUCUCAAAUGGUGAAGUUGUAAGUGGCAGCCAAACCCUUCCCCUAAUGCACCUUGUACGAGGAAAGCCCCGUUGACCCCAUGCUCGCGACAGUGGAUACUGAAGGGUGCUCGGAAUUAUUCGUAAUUUGCCACGCCGCAGGACCGGUUGGAAAAUUCAGAGUUGGGCCACUGAAGCAUUCAAGGCUUCGAGAUGGAGUAUGCGAUGCCGCGACAAGCACGAGUGUGACGGUCUUGCAGCGGUGACUUCGUAAACCGCGCCUCUCUGACGGUGCACUAGUGCAAGCCGGUGCAAGUCACACUCUUCUUUAUGGCAGACCACAGCAUAUAUAUACCCUACAGUGCAGUUGCCGGACAAAGAAUACAUACACAAUAUACUACUUACACCA